GCGAGCGUUCGGUACGGAGUAAUAAUAUAAUCAUGCUACACUAUCCUGACUGAACGCCAGCCUGGACUUCACCCGUACGCAGCCCGCCAGCCCUGCCUCAACUGGCCUGUGCUGUCCGGCCAAGAUCGUGAGCUAAUCCACUUCGAUCCACUCCUCACAUUCCUUAGCGACGACGGCCAUUUCAGCUCCGAGCCUAUGCUGUUUCGCCCUCCACAACCGCCGUGAGACGUCUGCCAGGCCAUAUCAACCUCUCUCUUCCGCUGCGAGCCCUUCUCUGUCACUGCUCCACAAUGGCCGAACAAGAUGAAGUUGCAAACAAGGUCCUGCGCCGCGCCCAGGUCUCCAAGAUGACCCGCACGCUGCAGAACCGCCUCGCUCUGGCCAAUGUCAAGAUCAAGAACGGCUGGGAGAGUCUCAGUCUGGAUGCCAUUGAGCCCGUCGUCGAUGUCGAGCUCAAGCGGAAGCGCCCUGGCUCUAGCAACGAGACCAUGUCGGACGUCUCCAGUGUAUCUGAGCGCUUCUACCAACCAGGCAUCCUCGACUCUUCCCCGCUCGCUGCCCCCAUAUUCUCAGAUGAUCUUCGACGGUCCGGCAGUCGUUCUGGCAGCAGUCACAGCCAGAACAAGCGGCCUCGCUACGACCGAACCGUAUAUCCCGCAUCGAGCAACCACACCCGGAACAAAGUAAGAGCCUCGACGUCGGCCUCGGCGUCGUGGAAGAACAGCUUCCAGCUGCCCGAGUCCUCUCCCGUAUACCACCGCAGACACGCACGCUUUGGACGCAUACAUGUGCCGAGCUUGUCCUUUGUCUCCGAGACAUCUACCGUCCCCAAUCUUCACUCGCCCCUGUUAUCAGAAGACGACGACGAAGACCUCCCCAUUACCUCGUUCCACAUGAACAAAUCCCGCUUCCAGUCGUCACCACCACGAGCUCCACGCACACCGCCCCCAGAUGUUGCCCGAUCAGCUCGUCUUCGCCAGAGCGGAUUCACCGCUGCCGGUGCAGCUCGCGAAGGCAAAACAGGCGACGAGGAUGCAAGCUUGCUGAUGUACUUGGCCACAUCACCAACGCCUGCCCGGCCAGGGUCAACCAAGCCUCAGAUGCUCGCGCCCUCCACACCGCCCCCGAAACAGACUCCAUUACCUUCGUCGAUGAUGUCGACACCUGGAGGCGGCGGAGCACCCUUCCCAGGGUUCGGCCUAGCCACACCCUCGACCAAUCUGAACUUUGCCGAGUUCCUCAACAUGACGCCGAGUCCUGCACAAGUUGGCGCCUCGUGGAAUCGCACCCCAAUUGCCGGAAAAACGCCCGCCGCUAUCCGAGAGAGCAGACGCCGUCUGAACUUCGACAACCUUGUUCCUCCCACUGGAGACAGUCCAGGCAUCGGCGCCCGCAUCCCCAAGGUCGAGGGGCUGGGCAUGGAUUUGGGAGGGGAACUGGUUUCCUGA